UCCAUUUCCUGUCCGUCAAGUUGCAGCUGGUAGUAUAUACCAGCUCCACUAGCCAAAUAAAGGGGAAACGGAAAUUCCAAUUCCAAUUUCCAUUUGCAAUUGCAAAUUGGCAACCAUCUGGCUUUUGUUGGGAAUAAAUGGAUGCAAAUUUAUUUGGCCUCUGGCUCUGGGUACUAUAAAUACCUCUCUUCGUCAGAGAUUACUCGAGCAAACAUCUGACAGUCACGGAAGAAUAAAAAUCGCAGCUUUGUGUUGCAUCUGAAGAGCAACAGAGUGUGUUGGAUCAUGGCGCACAUGGCGGAGGAUGGCGGCGCGCUGCGGCGGCUGUUCGAGACGCCUCCGUUGCCGUUGCCGGAGAAGAAGAACCCGACGCUGCUGGAGGUACUGGCUGCGUGCAGCCAGCAGCAGAAGAAGAAGCCGGCCGUCGACCCGGCGUCCUUCACUGAGCUCUUCGGCGAGCUCCACUUCCGCGAGAAGCCGGACUCGCCGGCGGCGCACCCGGAUCCCGCGACGGUGUCGUGGCUGGACGUGGCCGCCGAGGCCGAGAAGAGGAGCAGCGGCAAAGACAGCGACUCGUCGUCGCUGGACGCGCUGCUGCGGCCGGCGAGCGCCGCCGCCGCCAUGGCGGGGGGCGGGGUGAGGCGGAGCGAGAGCUUCUCGUCGGCGUCGCUGCUGCUCUGCACGGAGGGGCUCGGGUCCGAGAGCGCCGUGGACUCGGACGACCUGGUCAAGGACGGCACCGGCGUCGGAGACGAAGACGACGAAUCUCUCCGUGGCAGUGAGGGGAAGGAGGAAUCGGCGGCGGCGGAGGAGGAGGCUCCGCCGCUUCGGGCGGCGGCGGAGUUCCCACCGGCGAUCCGGUCGGUGGGGCGCGGGGGCCGGCCGAGCGUGUGCUUCAGGGCGUCCAGGGGGGAAGGGAGGUUCGUGCUGACACGGGUGGUGAUCCCGGGGAAGGAGCUGCUCCACGCGUCCCGCGGCGGGGGGCGGCUCAGGCUCCAGUUCGCCGACGCCGCAGAGGAGCUCGCGCUUCUUGCCGCCGGAGAGCAACACGAAGGGUGAAUUGAACGAAUUAGGCAGCUGGCAGUAGCGCGCAGCAGCUGACGAUAAUUACUCUUAAAGUUUUGAUUCUUACUGGCAUAAUCACAAUCAAUGCCAAACCUCGUACCACCAAUGCUAUCUACGCUCACCUUAUUUACCAACCAUGUGUCGCUCUCACUUUUCCCUUAA